CAUCCACGAAGCUGUCACGGAACUUAGCCAGAUGUACCCUCAUGCUGGAACAUGAGAGAUGAUCGGUCUGCUCUUUCACGAAAAGAACAUGAGUGUAGCUAAAUCAGUCAUGAUGUCUUACUUCACUGCCUAUGAGCCAGACCUAGUGCGGCAACGUAAAGCCAGAAGACUGAAAUGGAAGUGCUUCUGGGCAGCCAGUGUUAAUGAUCUCUUUGCUGUGGACCAGCAUAAUAAAUGGCUGAGGUUUGGGCUUGGUCUUCACACUGGAAUUGAGCCAUUUUUAGGGCGCAUCAUAUGGAUCCGAGUUUGGCACUCUAACAGAAAUCCACAGUUAAUCCUCAGCUACUACCUCGAUGCAAUCGCAGAACUUGGUCACAUGCCGCUGAUCACUCAAAGCAAUUUAGGCACCAAAAAUUAUGGCAUUGCAAAUGCACAGACCCUUCUGCACCAGCACUAUGACCCAACCCUGCAAGGGACUCUGCAACAUCGUUGGAUGUGUACAAAGAAAAAUGUAAUGCCGGAAAUCACUUGGUCACAGCUCCAGCAUAGGUUCACCCCUGGUUUUGAGAGCUUAUUGGAUGAAGGGGUCACUGAAGGCUGGUAUGAUUCAGGGAAUACCCUUCACACAUUCAUAGCACCUGUCUUGUGGUUUUAUGUGCUGAUGAUGUCUUGUCAUUUAUUUAGGAUGGUCUUUCGCUGGGUAUUUAUACCCUGGUUGCAGCAAGAGCUGAACACUUUUAGAGAUCAAGUGAAUAAUAGUGCCAAGAGGUGUGAUCGCAACAAGGUACUCCCACAUGGUGUCCUGAAUCUUAUCUAUGAUUCUCCUGAAGAUUUUGGAGUGUUGGACUUCAAGGUUUUUAUAGAUCGUGACAGUAUUGACUACAUUUGCGACUUCUAUAUCAAUGCUUCCAAUCCAGCAUUUGAUCUUGUCCCACCUAUGCUUGGCGAGCAUAUUGAACAUUGCUAUGACACAAUGGGACGCCCUACAGUCACUCAGUCAACAGUUUGGACUGUGUACAGGAACGUGCUUUCUGCUGUGCAGAGUGCAGAAAACCCACAUCCAGACUUACUA